AUGCCCUCACUCACUCUAACAGACCCGGACAUGAUCCUACCAUACGAAGUCGAACGCGAAUCCCAAACUCCUUCCCCACCCCAAAUCGCGUACUUCAACUCCCGCAACCAAUCGGAUCCCAAUGCCUCCAUGUCGGCAUCCAGUCGACAGAAGAAAAAUUUUUCCCGUCAUGCAUGGACACACGAAGACGUGAAUGUCAGUCGCCGUCUCUCGGAUAUCGGCGAGGAACUCUCGCCCGCCAGAUUGGAGGGAUUCGGCGACUCGGACGAGCAAGAGCUGGCCAGCUCACCGCUAUUACGUGGGCAGGAUGAUCCAAACAGGGAGUGGAGUAGCUCCAAUUCCACAAUCAGUGCGGGGAGCAGACGCGCUUCCGCUUCCAGGGAUGUGUCCGAGGCGCAAAACGGACGCGACGAAUCUCCCGUUCACCCCGAGGUCGCGAGAGCGCAAGCUACCGCGGUCAUUGGCACUGCAGGGGGCUCUUCCGUGCCUGCUAGUAGCGCGGUGGCGUCUGCAGCUGCAGAGGGCAAGGGGCCCGGGGAGGAGUUUUCCUCGGCGAUACUGAGUAGCGAGGCGGAGAGGAUUUUGGAGAAUGCGAAGAAACGCUUGAAUCUUAUGGAGAACAAUCUCACUCGAGCUCGGUCGACGACGCCGCGCACGACCUCAUCGCCCUCAUCGCCCUCGCCCUCGAAUUCGGGCUAUAUCCAGCCGAUGGGUUUGCACCAGCCUGUGGGUGUACUAUAUCGGUCGAUUUCGCGCACGGAUCCUAAGAGCUUUUCGCUUCGACGGCAGUCGUUUAUUACUUCGCAGGAUACGACGAAUAAUCGUCAUUCAAGGGGGCAGUCUGAGACGAUUGUUCCGUCGGAUUCGAGCUUCUCGAACGAUGACAAGCAAGUUUCGCGCUCUGUCAGUGCAAUGGGCGCGAGCACUUCGUCCAGUCUUCAUACUGAUGAUCGGUCGUUCCCCUAUGCACCUACGAGGGCGUAUCUGACGCAUCGAUCAUCGAUUUCUUCUGCCCAGCCUCCGAUACAUGUGCAAGAGGAGAAAGAGGGCCAAGGGGCGCAAUCGCCUGCUUUCACCGAAGACAGUUCGUCGGGCUCGCCACAUGGCUUGGGCAUUUCCUCGGAGGAGGAAUCGAAAUCGAGCCCAGAUGGUUUCAGUCCAGUCUACAGCUCCUUUGGUCCCCCUAGCCGCGCGCAGUCGCAACUACAGGUGCGGGAUCUCCAGUAUCAGAUGAAGGGGCUUCACAUCAAAAUCUCUUCGCUGAAGGUGAAGAAUCAGGAGGAUAAUCUUCGCCGGCGUAGUUUGCAAAGCCUACGAACGCCCAGCCCCUUGACGGCCGCCGAUCACUGGUAUGCGAAUGCGCUGGAGCUCAGAGAUGGCCAGAGCAGUCGUGGCUCCAAUCCCCGACGUGAAGCCAGCUCUGAAAACACUCGGGGUGUCUCGAAUGAGAUAGCGGCGGAAGAUCGACGCAGAUCCGCCGAGCACGCUGCUGGAAAUGCAUCCAAGCACGCCGAGAAUUGGCAGGGCAAUGAGCCUGACUAUGGCGAUGACCAAUCUAUCGCCGAGACCAUGUACGAAGAUGCCGAAGAAGGUGAUUUUAAUGAGGAAAUUGACCGCGAAGCUCUGGAUGAGAUCUUACGCGAACCGCUUGAUGAUGACCUCGAAAGUGACAUGGAAGCCUUCCCUAACGUGCCGUCGCACACGGACGCGACGCCCCACGAGCUGCGCGAGGAUGCUUUCGACUAUGAGCAUUUCAUCUUGCAUAGCGCACUGGGCAACUACACCCAGCAACUCCGCCGAGUAAGCAACAGCUCGAACGGAUCAGCCGAGACAACCCGGCCCGCAUACACAAAGCGGCACUCCCGUAACAACAGCAACAUGUCCGUCUCGACCGUGGCAACCUUCGCGACCGCAAACGAAGGCGAGCGUCCCGAUGACGAGGAUGACGUUGACAGCGUGAUGUACUGGGACCGACGGUUCAACCAUGGUGCGUUCCCGCGAUCUUUUUCCCCUGACGUUUCCGACACUAAUCCCUGGACAGAGCUGCGACACGGACAUAGCCAUAGCCAUUCCCAAUCUCAUACUCACCACAGCUACCAGCCAAGUCCAAUCCAAGAGAUCGAGGCUGAGAAUGACCGCUCCGAAACACCCCGUGGACCACGGCACCACACCAAUUCACUGGAUCCAAACAACCUUUCCCCUCAGAAACAUACUGGCCGCUCAUCCUCAGCUACGGCCGGUUCUGCAACCCCAACCUCUCUUGUCUCGUCCCUCGUCUCGACUGUGCGCGCGGCAUCCAGCACCCCCAGUGUCGGUGGCAUCAACGAUGAUGACACACAGAUGCUGGAAGCACUGUUCGCCAGCCUUGGUAAAGUCUGUAUGGAUCUGCAGGCAAUCACGAGCUCUGCGGACCCCGAUGAAAAGGCUGCGCGGGUGCUGCGGCGUCGUCUGGAUGCUGCACGCAGAGUGCUAGAGGGAGAGCUUGAUGCUUGA